GGAAACUCCUCCCAUUACAAGAGAGAGUUCAGCGUCUUGGAUUGUAGAGACAGAGUAUGUCAACACACACUAUUAAAUCAAGAUUACUCGAGCUGGUGCAUAAAGGAUAAUGCCAAGGAAGAGGCCACAGUGAGAGAAAACAUGGAUAUAAGACUCAACUUUACUUGUGUUUAGCAAAAAAUCCUCUGUGGGUGUUUUGCAAAGGUCAGCUAACCAAUUACAUUUUACCUUCAUUCAUCCAUUUUAAUAAUAAAACAGAAUCUCGUACUACUGUAACUGAAGUUGAGAAUAAAAAAGCAAGAUGUACCAAGUAGUCCCAGGAGGAGCCGGGGGAACAAUUACCGAUGGCGUGCCCAUUAAAAAGAUGGACAAAGACAGUCGCCCUCUAGUGGGGGCUGGAGUUAUUGGGGUAAUUCUGGUUAUUGCGGCUGUGACCGCAUGGUGUUAUUAUAUCGCCUCCCUUCGUAAAGCCGACUUACUGAAGACGGAAUUACUCGAUCUGAAUAAGGAUGGAUUUCUUAUUCGCAACCAGGCUGGUGGGAUUGUGCUGAAGAUGGGAUUCAGGUCCGGCACACUUGAUCUUGACUCCUGUUCUAAGGAGGGAGUGAUCCUACGUUGCUCUCGCUCAUUUGCCGGAAAGGUCAACUUCUUCAUCAUGACCGUGAAACCAAAAGAGACCGUGAUGUGUUAUCGUGUGCGCUGGGAGGAGCUAGAAUCCGAUCGCCCCGUGGAACAUGCCAUGUCCUACAAUGAAUCACAUUGGUACGGUGGUGCUGAGACUGCAGUUCAACAUUGGCCAAUUGCCAUCUCAGGACAGCAGGCACCCAAACCUUUUGUCACCAGCGACGUGUACUCCAAUCGCAACGACUUCGGCGGCAUUCUGGAGCGCUACUGGCUCUCCUCCAAUGCUACGGCCAUUAAGAUCAACGACUCUGUGCCCUUCCAUCUGGGUUGGAAUGAUACAGAGAAAACCAUGUACUUCCAGGCACGAUAUCAAGACAGUCCAUAUAAACCUGCACCUGGCCGGCCUCCGUACGCUGAACUGAGCUACCGAGUCUGCGUGGGCCCGGAUGUGACCUCCAUCCACAAAGUCAUGGUUCGCAGAUACUUCCCCAAACCGAACAAAGUGCCUGCUAAAGAAAUGUUCAGGCACCCUAUAUGGUCCACGUGGGCUUUACAUAAAACCAACAUCAGCCAAGAAAAGCUUUUGAGUUAUGCGGAGAAUAUCCGCAAGCACGGUUUUAACUGUAGCCACCUUGAACUUGAUGAUCGCUACACUAAACAAUAUGGAGAGUUUGAGUUUGACCAACAGAAAUUUCCAAACGCUUCUGCCAUGUUUCAAAAGCUCAAAGCAGACGGCUUGUUGAUAUCUUUGUGGACACACCCUUUUGUGAAUUACGAUUCGUCGAAUUUCGGACAAUGCGUAGAGAAAGGCCUGCUCGUAAUGGAGCCAACAGGUCAACUUCCUGCACUUGUUAAGUGGUGGAACGGCAUCGGAGGAAUUCUCGACUUCACCAAUCCUGAUGCUCGAAACUGGUUUUUGUCGCAGCUACGUUCCUUACGCUCCAAAUAUGGGGUUUCCUCCUUCAAGCUGGAUGCCGGCGAGACCAACUACCUCCCUUGGCAGUUCAGAACCCGAGCCCACCUCCCCGACCCCAGCACGUUUACGCGACGGUACACGGAGAUGGCAAUCCCCUUCAACGAGCGUGCCGAGCUUCGAUCCGGCUACGGCUCUCAGAACAUCUCUUGUUUUUUCCGUCUCAAUGACCGGGACUCCGUUUGGGGCUACGAGCUGGGUCUAAAGUCCCUGAUCCCGACUGUUCUCACCAUCAGCAUCCUAGGUUACCAGUUCAUCCUGCCCGACAUGAUCGGAGGCAACGCCUAUCCGAACCGUACCGAUGGGAAUGGUAGACUGCCAGACCGUGAGCUCUACAUCCGUUGGCUGGAGCUGUCUGCUUUCAUGCCCUCCAUGCAGUUUUCCAUCCCUCCAUGGGAGUAUGAUGAAGAGGUGGUGGCUAUUGCUCAAAAGUUCACAGAGCUGCACGAGACGCUGGUGGCACCGAGGGUUAUCGAGCUGGCUGGAGAAGUUCUGGACACCGGAGAUCCCAUAAUUCGCCCGUUGUGGUGGAUUGCCACCAGCGAUGAGACUGCGUAUCGAGUUGACUCGCAAUUUCUGAUAGGAGAUGAUUUGAUGGUGGCGCCGGUUCUGGAACCUGGCAAGCAGGAAAGAGAUAUCUACCUGCCGGCCGGACGCUGGAAAAGUUACAAAGGAGAACGAUACGAUAACAAAGAGCCGAUACAUCUGACGGACUAUCCGGUGGAUCUCGACGAACUUGCGUAUUUCGAAUGGGUUCAAUAAGACUUUGGAGGGGAGCGUCUUGUGUUUAGUGCAUGUCUUCCAUUUUAAGCUUGAUGAUGCUUUGUUUCAGGGGUUUUCCUGACAUUUCCUGCCACUGGUCAGGUAAACUGACUAUAUGGUUAGGUGACGGAUGUGUUGAAUUGCUGUGACAGGCAAUUUUGCACAAUGGACGUUUAAUGUUCCUCAUGUUCUCUCUUCUGCUUUUUUAAAAAGGGAAAUUUGAUCAUUACUGUAUAUACUGUAAGCCUUCGUGUCUUACUAGGUGAUAAAUGCUGUCUAAUGUUCUCUGUAGAGCUACUUGAUGUCUAUGGAAUGUAUGAAUUUGCAAAUACGUUUAAAAUAUAAAUGUACAGCUUUUUUGCUUUUUAUCAAUAACCAUAUGCAGUGCAGUUAAGGUUCAUCCAAAAAAAAAACAAUUCUGUCACCAUUUAUUUACCCUUAUGUUGUUCAAAACCUGUAUAUGACUCUUUUGUUUGUGGAACACAAAAGACAAUAUUUUGAGAAAUGUCUUAGUGGUUUUGUGUUCAUACAAUGGAAUUCAACGGGGCCCCAAAUUGUUUGGUAACCAACUUUAAAAUAUCUUCUUUUGUGUUCUGUGGAAGAAAGAAUGUCAUUCAGGUUUGAAAUGACACAAGGGUGAAAAAAAAUAUAUAUAUAUAUAUAUAUAUAUGUAUAUAUGAGGAAUUUUCAUUUUAAAGAAUUGAAGAAAUUAAAAAUUUUCAUUUUUGGGUGAACUAUCCCUUUAAGUUAGACAGUGCAUGCGGCAAAAUCGAGCAUUAUUAUCAGCAUGAUCCUGACAUUAUCAGAUUUAAUGUCUGCUUUGGAAAUGCCCAAAGUCUUUUUUGUAACUCCACUGCUGUACUUUUUCAUCAUACAGUGCCAAAAAACAUCACCCAGAGGCCUUGUUUCAAGCAUUACUGCCACAUUUCUUGUCCCAUGUAAACCCGUAUUUGUUUUGUAUUAAUCUCAUCUUGAUUGUUUUGCUUUGCUGCAUAAUUUUUGUGGGUUUCGCAGUGAUGGCACAACAGUAACAGCUCGGUCAGGUAAUCUUUAUCAGAUUAAUUUUUUGCUGUGUAAGGGGUCACCUUUUUGUGUCGUUUAACGCCCUUCCAGCUCGCCACCAAUCGACUCGCACCGCGAGCUUUCUCUAAUCUACGACCUUCGAGUUUAUUUUUAGCUCUUCCCACACAACUGCGAAAGUGCACUCAUCCACUCCGUAACAGUGACUGGAUCUGUCACACAAUGUGUCUUUUCUGAAAGCAGCUUUACAAAGAUGUGUGCCAACUAUUAUCCAACACAUGGGUACCUCAAAUAACAGUUUGUGGUGUGUUGCUUUGUGGUAUUUUACUAACUUGUGAAUAAAAAGCUUGUGACUGCACAGAAAACUUGAGGAGAAAAAUGCUAACUGACUUUUUGUUUUUUGGUCAAAAUGUUUUAAUUCCUAUCAUGUAUUAGUGGCUUUAAGAAUGUCUGGCAUUAUGUAAAAUGUUUGGGACUAAUAUAUUUCUGUUUAAAUUUCAAGACUAAUGCUAGACAACAAAACUAUUUAUUGCAUACAAUUUUGUUAAAGGGGUCAUAUGACACGGCUAAAACGAAUAUUAUGGUUUGUUUUAGAUGUAAUGCAAUGUGUAUACACGAUUUAAGGUUUAAAAACGCUGUAUUUUCCACAUACCGUGCAUGUUUGUAUCUCCUCUUUGCUCCGCCUCUCUGAAACGCGCAGAUUUUUAACAAAGCUCAUUGCUCUGAAAAGCGAGGUGCUCUAUGAUUGGCCAGUUAACCAGUGCGUAGUGAUUGGUUGAAUACUGUAAGCUUGUGACUGAAAUGUGACUCCUCUUACCAUAUUUGGAACAUCAGUUUCCAUUGCAAUUGUACUGACAGGUACGUCCACCUUACUUGCGUACACAUUUGUGCGGUCUUAGUCAAAUCAUACCACUAACUGACGUAGAUUUGUGGGGGUGUGGUUACACGAGGCGUUUCAGGCAGUUCUGGGUGAGCAUUCGCUUUUAGAUAGAAUGCAUCUUUUGUUCCGACACUUUCAUUUUUGCAAUUGUACGUGUCUAAUACAUGCAUGGGCAACUUAUAACACACCAAAUACACAGAAAAACACGUAUUCGCGCCGUAUGACCCCUUUAAAGGUUUAAUCCAGCGCUCAGGUGUCUUUGAGUUCUAGCAUCUUUGUGAAAAAUGACUGGACAGUAUUUAAAUUUGUUUGUAUGCCUUGGUAGACCAUAUGCAAAAUGCAAUAAUAGUCUUAAGAGAGUGUAUGAAAAGUAAUAAAAUUGUGUUGUUCUCCAGAGCACCAGACGGGGGCAGUGCUCACCUGCUUUUCAAGUCCUCCACCCCAAGCUUGUGAAGUGUUAGCAUGGCACAAAAUAACCCUGUAUGUAGUUUUAUUUCAGUCUGGCGAAGUAUAAUUAGCCUGAUAUUGAAGUGAAAUGGUACCAUUAAACUUUUUGACCUUG